GCCUUUCCUAAUCAAGUCCAAUCAGUUUAAUUAAACACAGCAGGACUCCAAUGAAGGAGUAGAACCAUCUCAAGGAGGAUCAGAAGAAAUGGACAGCAUCUUGCUUGCUUUCACGCACAACCAUGGGCUCUGAGAAGCCAAACUUUCUGUCACAGCCGGUGGUGAAGAACAUUUUCAUGUACCGAAACGGCGACCCUUACUACGACGCUCGCCGGAUUGUAAUAAACCAAAAGAGGGUGUCCAACUUUGAGACUUUGCUGAGAGAGGUGACCGGCGGGAUAAAAGCCCCAUUUGGAGCGGUGAGAAACAUCUACACACCGAGAGGAGGCCACAAGGUGGACUGCUUGGAGAGCCUGCAGAGCGGGGAGCAGUACGUCGCUGCUGGGAGGGAGAGAUUCAAAAGAAUGGAUUACCUACAGAUAGGCUCGAGAAGGAAGAGGAUGAUGCAGACUCUUCCGAUGCAGGCCAGACCACUGCCACCGAAUCGAAUCACUGUGUCAGCUCGAUUCCUGAAACCCAUCAAGGAGCCGUGCACAAUAUUUGUGGUAGCAAAUGGCGAUGUCUUGGACCCUGCAAUGAGGCUGUUGGUCCACCAGAGGAUGCUCGGCCAGUUUGACAGAAUACUAGAGAUGAUCACAGAGAAGAUGGGUUUGAAAGUCCUGGGGGGUGUCCGAAGUCUCUACACCUAUGAAGGCCACCAGGUGACUGAUGGAAAUCAGCUGGAGGGUGGUCAGCUGUAUGUGGCUGUGGGAAGAGAAAGGUUUAAGAAGCUGCCCUACAGUGAUCUUCUCUUCACCAAACCAAGAAUGACAAGGAGGGUGAAUGGAAUGAAAGCUUACUCUCUACCGCCUAUCUACAGAUUCUCCAGGCAAAAUGGAAAUGGUACAUCUAUAAUUCGAUGCAGUGAUAGCGGAGAUGGAGACUCCAAGGCCUCUCCUCCAGGCCACAAUGGCCGCAACAAGGAGCACAUAUCCUCUAUCGUCAGAGAGAUCUCUCAGGCCAAACUCAAGGCCCUCAGGAAGAGGAGGAGUGGACAAAGCAUGGCUCUCGGCAACUCUGACAAUGAUGACCUGGAAUCAAAAGAUGAUGAUAGAGAUACUGAGGACAAGACCCCCCCAGACCAGCCAGCCGAUGAGAAACCUGCAGAUGGUGAUGCAAAAGCUGAAGAUGAAAAUGGUGAAAAGGCAGGAGAGAAGGAGGAGGCUGUUGCUUCUGAAAACACCACAGAAGCAGACACUUCCACAAGCAAAGAAGAAAAGAAUGAAAACCAGUAUACAAGUGGCAAAAAACAGGGAGGGGAAGAGAUGGAGGAGAAUGCCGAGGAAAAUGAUGAAAAAGAGGGAGAAGCAACAGCAGGAUCUGAAGAGAAGGAGAGUGAAAUAAAAGAAAAAGUGAAGAAGGAGGUCACAGAUGAAAGUAAGGAGGAUGUUAAGAGUGAGUCCAGUAGUAGCAACAUUGAUAAGACCCAGGAGAGUAAAGAGAAUGGAAGCCAUUCAUCUUCUGAGUGUGAAAAAGAUGAGCAAGACAAAAAUACAGAAGAAGAGAAGCAAGAUGAAGACAGUGAAAAUGGUGAGAGAAGCAGUGAGGAACAAGUUAACAAUGUAGACAUGGGGGAGGAACAGAAAAAGACAGAAAACAGCAGUGACCCAGGGAAGACUCCGUCAGGUAACGAGACAAAAGAGAACGAUAACGGCAGAAGUAGCAGUAGCGGCCGUAGCCAGGGAGAAGAUGUGAGAGAAACAGAAGAGAGAGCUACCAAGGACUCAGGAGAAGAUGAGAGAGAGGUGAACGGAGAGGUCAGUGGAGGCGAUGAUGAGGUGGAAAAUGGAGCAGAGCUAGACAUGGACAAGAAUUCAGCCAAGGAUGCCGCAGCAAAUGGAGAGGAAGGGGUGGAUGGUGACAAAGACAAUCCAGGAAUGUAAGAGAAAAUUGUGGGAUGGGCAGUGUUGGAAAUAGUAAGCAAUACUUCUACAAUCUAAAUGUAAUGAAGGUGGCAGAGCAAAUUCACAGAAAGUGAAAGCAAGGGUUGUUUUACGGCCAUGUAGAAUAUGCACUGAGAAGUAAACGAGCAAGUAGUAGAAGCUUUGAAUGGCUGCUACAUGAUGUCAGGUACAAAAACACCAUCAGAAUUUCAGGUAUGUAUUCAAAAGCUAUUUAUCGAAACAUUAUUCAUUCAACUAUUCAACUAUCAUGUCUGAAACAGACAAAUAAAAGUUACCUACAUAUUCUUAUUUUUCAUUAAGUCAUACUAUUACCUCUUGGGCUGCUUUAUCGUUUCAGUAUACAUUGUCUGUGAGCACUGUAGUGAGUGAUUAAAAUUACUAGUAACAGACUUUAAAUGUUUAAACAUGUUUAUUUUUAACAGGUGUGAUUAUACUAGUUGCUUGUUUUUAAAGAUGUUUUUGUAUGUUUGUUAUUUUUGUCUAUUUUCCAAAGCAAGUGAUAGAAGUGAACUUUUUUUUUAAGUUGAUACAAUAAGCUGUGUGUAAUGUUGUAAGCAUACAGUAUGUGUCUGAAUGUUCCACAUCAUAAUCCU